CAGCCCAAAGGAAAGGCCUCUUUCCUGUGUGCACGGGCCCCGGCUCCCCCUACCAUUUAACCCCGCGGCGGCUUAGCCGCUAAUGCGCCCCGUUUGAAAUCGCUAAGCGCACCCGGAGCCCAAACCCUAGGAGGCGCGCCACCCACCCACCCACCCACCACCAUGGGCAAGUACAUGCGCAAGGCCAAGGUGGUGCCCGGCGAGGUGGCCGUCAUGGAGCUCGCCGCCGCGCCGCUCGGGGUGCGCACCCGCGCGCGGGCGCUCGCGCUGCAGAGGCUGCAGAAGCAGGAGGGGGUCGGGGCGGAGGCGGCGGGGGAGUACAUGGAGCUGAGGAGCCGGAGGCUCGAGAAGCUGCCGCCGCCGCCGCCGAGGGAGCCGCCGGCCAGGAGGAGGGCGGCUGCGGCCGCCGCCUCCUCCGCCGCAGCUGCCGUCGCGGCCGCCACGGCGGAGGAGGCGGAGGUGUCCUUCGGGGAGAACGUCCUCGAGCUGGAGGCCAUGGAAAGGAGUACCAGGGAGACAACGCCUUGCAGCUUGAUCAGGGACUCCGAGACGAUUAGCACCCCUGGAUCUACCACAAGGCCAAGCCACUCGAGUUCCCAUCGCAAGGUGCAAACACAGGGGCGCCACAACAUUGUUCCAGCCUCCGCGGAGCUGGAAGCGUUCUUCGCUGCCGAAGAGCAACGGCAACGACAGGCUUUCAUCGACAAGUAUAACUUUGAUCCUGUGAAUGACUGCCCUCUUCCUGGUCGGUAUGAAUGGGUCAAGCUAGACUGAUAGAUUUUCAGGAAAAGAAGGGCACCAUGGACCUCUCUGCUCCCUCCACAGCAGUAGCGUGGCAGAGGCGCUUACCGUCAAGUUAGCUUUGAUCCUGUUGUAAAAAUUUAGGGUUAGCCUGUAGACUCAAUGGUCAAUGUGUAACAUACAGAACUGAUGCUGAGUUACACCCCUAAUCCCUCAACUACAAUGUAACCCUUAACAGCUCAUUCUGUAAGGAACCACCUCCCUCCUCUAGGGCCUAGCUAGCCUUAUCAUCUGUUACCAGUUGUUGGAUUAAUGAAGUAGAGCUAGAUAUUGUAUCAGAGUUUAACUUUGUUCUGUGGGUGGUGGUGGUGGCAUUUGCAUAUAGGUACAUGGCAGUGUGUGGUGGUGCAUGCUGCACUGCACCUGAAGCGCUGUAAUUUUUGUCUAUA